AUGCCUUUUUUCAGGGGACUCACAAGUAAAAAACUUUUUUCUUCUGCCUCUGCUGAAAGGUGGAAGAAAGAGAAGGAUUGUUAUUUAAAGAAUGGAAGUUGCGUGCUUGAGGAGUUUCUUGCUUUAUGCGACGGAAAUUGCAUAAUUCCCAUCCGUUACUUCUCUGCCAUAGAGAUCCACAAUGCAAUAAAACACUCUAAAACCAAAAUGGGCCUUGCCGAUAGGUUUAUGGUAACGAGAUGGCUAGGCAACCUCCCCGUUUUAGUUAGGUUCGAUACAUGCUUUUCAUUCUUCAAUAUCCAUCGAGAUAUAGUGAUUAUUGCUCAGAUGAGUCAUCUUAAGAAUGUGUUGAGACUUGUCGGUUGCUGUCUAGAAUUUGAAGAAGCAGUUAUGGUGUAUCAAUAUGUUGAAGCUAUAUCUCUUAGCGAUCUACUUUUCAGAAAGGAUAAUCUUAAUAGAAAAUUGCUAUGUUGGGGAAAUAGAUUACGAGUUGCACGUGAGGUUGCUUCUGCAAUCGUUUUCCUCCAUACUGAAUUUACUACUCCUAUCAUCCAUAGAAAUAUAAAGCCAUCUAAUGUGAUAAUAGAUGAGAAGAGCGGCGUUGCCAAAAUAUUGAACUUCUCACUCUCCAUAUUAUUACCUCCAGGGGAAUUGGAGGUAGUAGAUCAUGUAUGUCGAACAGUGGGGUAUAUCGCUCCAGAAUAUCACCACCAGGGUAUUAUUACUCAAAAAACUGAUGUAUACAGCUUUGGGGUUCUUCUCUUUCUGCUAUUAAAACGAAAGGGAACGCGAGAUAUUAUGAAUACUUGA